UUGGCACUGGGGCGGGCGGGCGGCACUCGGCAGUACCAAAACUGUUACCGAGCUAUUUAGUACACAUACUACAUACAUAAAUAAAUACAUAAGAGUUUUUUUUUUUACUAAAAAGUUAAGAAUAUUACAAAGUUAACUUAUUUUUUGUUUAUAAUUUUUAAUUAGUUUUGUUAUUUCGAGUGCAAAGGUGGAAGGAAAUUCUUCAAAAUGGGCGCUGAAGAUCCAAAUAGCCUAGUUGCAGUUGAAUUUGAAGUUUUUGGACAAGUUCAAGGUUGUUUCUUCACAAAGUACUGCAAGGACCUGGCGGAGAGCUUGGGGAUCUGCGGCUGGGUGAAGAACACCAAGAGAGGCACCAUCUACGGCAAGGUGGAGGGAUGUAAGGCGCACAUUGAUGUUAUGAUCAACUGGUUGAGCACGGAAGGUUCCCCCGGAUGUAAGAUCGAGAGAUGCGACCUCACCAACUGGCAGUACUUGUCGCGGCUUGAUUACAACAAUUUUAGCAUAAGAUUCUAAUCGUUUUCAAAAAAUAAAAAAUUGAUUAAAAAUCA